UAAUACAUAAAUUCUUACAUGGUAUCAGAGCACGAGUUAAGAAACUAGUAAUUCUGCUUCACCGGCGGGCGGCAGCCUCGCCUUGGCCGCCCGCUGGACCUCUACACAUACCUCCCAUCCGCUGCCACAAAUUCCAUAACUGAACUCUUGUCUCUCUCUUCCAUUCUUGCACCAAUUCUUCACACCAUUCACACAACAUACAAGCAACACUGCACAUCGCACAUUCAGCCAUCAGUUUUUCAUCCUAUUAACAUUAAUAGCAGAGAGAGAGAGAGAGAGGUACAUCACCAAUUCCAGAGGAAUGAAGCUGUUCACACAGUCGUGGACCCCACUCCAUCAUCCACCAGAAUGGAGUUUGCCACAAAUGAAUUUUGUUCUUAGUCCGAUGGGUCUUUCCUUACGUCCGGGUGCCCAGCUUUGCACACACUAUGCUCAAAAUGGAGUUUGCAAAUUUGGGUCCUCAUGCAAAUUUGAUCAUCCCUUGGGAACACUGAGUUACAGUUCAUCUGCAUCUUCUCUUGCUGAUAUGCCAGUUGCUCCUUACCCUGUUGGAUCUUCCAUGGGUACUCUGGCUCCAUCAUCCUCUUCAGAGUUGAGGCAUGAACUUAUUUUGGGGUCCAACAAGGAUGCCAUUUCAACCAGGAUGUCUUCUUCGACAAGCACAUCUAGUGGUUCGGUUGGUUUGAUUUUAUCGAAGAGUGGGCCCGCUUCUCAUCCUAGUGUUCAGCAAUCUGAUCAGGCUUCUGCUUCUUCAAUCACCAGCAGUAGUGUGAGUCAGGGAGGUGAGGUUCACACAUCAAACUAACCCUUCCGGCGCCAUUGACAGAUCCCACCAAGGUGGACGACGGAGUGGAGCGGAUGGCAAUGAAAUCUCAAGGCAUAUACUCUUCUUGACCGCUGUCUUCCUCCGACUCCACCACCGCGAACCACCACCUCUCGCCGCCGCUCUUCAACCAAGCGCCUCUCCAGCAACUCCUUCAAGCCCUCAUCAAGGGUGCUCGAGAAAGCUGGACAUACGCCAUCUUCUGGCAAUCCUCCUCCGGCGACUACUCCGGCGGAUCUUUGCUGGGUUGGGGCGACGGAUACUACAAAGGAGAGGAAACCAAAGCCACGCGCACGGCGGUAUCAUUUUAGGUCAUUGUGAACUUGGAACCCGUUUGGAUCGCAGGAACGUGGGUUUGCUUGAGUGGUGUCUGGUCUUGAAGUAUGGUUUCAAGCUGGCAUCUUUUGUUGUUUGGGACGAGAGACAAAUGGUUCAGGGAGAGACAUAUAUUUUUCUAUUCUAUUCUAACAUAUUCUCCACCCACCAUCAAUAUGCGCAUCUCUUUCUUUGCAAACAGCCGACUGAAAAGCUUGGCCUUCACAUGGGCACACACUCCACACACUGCCCCAUACACACACAUACGGGACAUCCC